AUGGCCGGCCGCUCCUGCGUCGUUGGCUUCAGCAGCCUGAGCGGCUGUGAGGUGACCCCUGCGGGCAGCCCCUGGCCUGGGACCUCGGGAUGGGGCAACUGCGGGUCUCCGGGGCUGGGCUUCGGCUCUCGAAGCCUCACGGGCUGCAAGCCAGCUGGUAACAUCUCCAAGGUGACCGUGAACUCCAGCCUGCUAGUACCCCUGGACCUCAAGGUGGACCCAGCCAUCCAAGUGCAGAAGAACCAGGAGAAGGAGGAGAUGAAGGUCCUCAAUGAUAAAUUUGCCUCCCUGAUUGGCAAGGUACAAGCUCUGGAGCAACGCAACCAGCUUCUGGAGACUCGCUGGAACUUUCUGCGGGACCAGGGCUCGGCCACCUUCGACCUCAGCCACCACUACGAGUCGUUCCAGGGCCGGCUGCAGGAGGAGCUGCGCAAAGUGAAGCAGGAGCGGGGACAGCUGGAGGCCAACCUGCUGCAGGUGUUGGAGAAGGUGGAGGAGUUUCGUAUCAGGUAUGAGGAUGAGAUCUCCAAGCGCACAGAACUGGAGUUCACCUUUGUCCAGCUAAAGAAGGACCUGGACACAGAGUGUCUUCGACGGACUGAACUGGAAACCAAACUGAAAGGCCUGCAGAGCUUCGUGGAGCUGAUGAAAACCGUCUAUGAGCAGGAACUGAAAGACCUGGCCGCGCACGUGAAUGACGUUUCCGUGACUGUGGGCUUGGACAGCCGGUGCCACAUUGACCUGAGCGGCAUCGUAGAAGAGGUGAAGGCCCAGUACGAUGCCAUAGCUGCCCGCAGCCUGGAGGAAGCCGAGGCGUUCUCACGGAGCCAGCUGGAGGAGCGGGUGAGCCGCUCGGCUGAGUUCGGGAGCACCCUCCAGAGCAGCCGCAGUGAGAUCGCAGACCUCAAUGUGCGCAUCCAGAAGCUCAGAUCCCAGAUCCUGUCCAUCAAGAGCCACUGCCUGAAACUGGAAGAGAACAUCAAGAUGGCCGAGGAGCAGGGCGAGCUGGCCUUCCAUGACGCCAAGAACAAGCUGGCCCAGCUGGAGGAGGCCCUGCAGAAGGCCAAGCAGGACAUGGCCCGGCAGCUGAGGGAUUACCAGGAGCUCAUGAACACCAAGCUGGCCCUGGACAUAGAGAUCGCCACCUACCGCAAGCUGGUGGAGGGCGAGGAGAGCCGAAUGGAUCUGCCCCCUACCACCAUGGUCAGUGCCGUACAAUCCCGAUGCAGAACCGCUGUUUCCAAGUCCAACCUUCCGAAGGCCCCCUCCCGGAAGAAGAAGACCCGCCGAGGCCCCGUCCUCAAAAUCACCGAAAUGUCAGAGAAAUACCUCUCACAGGAAUCAGAGGCCUCAGAAUAAGGCGGCUGCGCCCCGAGCCUCAAGCCACCCCCACUCCUACUUGAAGACAGAGGGGCUUAAACUAGGCUCAGGAAAUCAGCUCGUUCCUUUAAUCCCAGCACUUGGGAGGCAGAGGUAGGAGGAUCGCCGUGAGUUCGAGGCCACCCUGAGACUACAUAGUGAAUUCCAGGUCAGCCUGGACUACAGCGAGACCCCCACCUCAAACACACACACACACACACACACACAAAGAAAGAAAGAAAGAAAAAAAGAAACCAGCUCUGAGCCUCCAGGUUGGGAGGGGUGACUAAACCUAAUACUGAACUAAAAAAGAAGGGCUCCUGACAAAGGGUGACCUUUGUCAGGAUGGCAAGGGGUGCCAGCCCCACUCCACAUCAGUGUUACAGUACCCACUUCCAACCUUCUGGCCACAAGUUUUGCUGGCUGGUAACUGGGACUUUGGGGUCACCCUGCAGCACGUCUGUACUCCCCUCUUCCCACAUAGGCUCUGACGAGGUGCUUUGACUUUUGCCGGAUGCUUGCCCUGACCUUCUGCCAUAGCCUUGCCUUGCCUCUGCCUUAGAACAAAGGCUGGUACCCUCACUCCCCACCCAAACUGCGGGCUGGGCCGGAAGGGACCGAACACCCAAGCUUUGUCCCGCAUGUGGAGUCACUAGGAGCUGGGUGCUGAGAACCCCUAGCUUUCCUGUUCUUGAGCAGCCCAGACAUCUGACAGUAUUAGGGGCGAGGGAAGGAGGGGCCCGCAGUCUGAGACUGAAGCCAGGACCACAGAGUAGCUCACACCCCCCACCCUCCCCCUCCUCUCACAGCCUAGCCCAGGAGGUCACAGUCAGGACUGGACUUCAAAGCUACUCUCACUGUGGCCAGCUCCCUGGGAGUGGCAAGCUGAGACCAGGCCCUCUCUUCACAUCCCUGCCACCAAGCCUGUGAUCUGGGCUCUCUGCCCCAGCCCAGCUCUCUCCAGCCUCAACUUCUCUCUUUGAUGCACCAGGUCCUAGAGCCCCUGAGCCCACGCUGCUGGAAACCCCUCUUCCCAAGGCCCCUGUCUCGUCCCCUCUGUGCCAAGGACUCGGGACACCCCGCUCCUUGGACCUUCUGCUCUUCUUUUGCGUCCUCCUCUACCCCUCCCUUCUUCCCCAGCUACUCCUCCUGCCUCGGGUGGGCCAUGAAGAAAGCACAGCUCAGGCAGGUCUGGAAGCUUCUGAGCCCUUAGGGUGGGCUAGGGAACCCCACGGACAGCUUUGAAAGGGCUCCAUCUGUGAGAGCCAUUCCGCAUACAACCAGAUCUGGAGUUGGCAGGAGACUCCCUGCUUCCUCUCCUUGGCUCUCACCUCUGGGGCUUGCAGGGGAGCACGGAAGUGCCUGCCCCCAGUCCACAGGCAGCUCCCCUCCAGUGUCCCCUUCUCUGCCCCUGCCCUUUGUCAUCUUCCCCCACCCCUGCUUCACCUCCUGUCUCACCUCCUAGCCUGUCUCCCACCCUUUCUCAUCUCACCUUCCAGGACAAGGUGUCCUAUGGCCAUGGCCCUUCAGGCCUCCAGGGGCCCUGCAAGGCUACCGACUCAGGCCAGAGGGAAUCCAGCCGUAUACUCAACCAGAACUCUCAAAAAAGGGCUCACUGCUGCUUUCUCUCGGGCUAUUUAUCCGUUUCCGGGGGGACAAAUCCUCAGUGGGGAUAUGAGAUAUAAAAAGUAUGUAUUUUUUUUCCCUAACUUAUAUGGCUUUUAACUUAUUGCUUCCCUUCCUGUUUCCACGUGAUCAGCGCUAUGUGUCUAUCUGGAUGUAGAGAACUCAUACCCCAGCCAUCCACCAGACUGGCUGACUCUCUGCAAAGGGGUGA